UUUGGAGUUUGCAUGUUUAGAACAAACAUCAACUUUCUAAAUGUGUGUUUAUUAGAGGUAGCUAAAAGGCAACAUGGUGGUGAGUCAUGUUGAGGUGAUCUCCAGAGAGAUGGUUAAACCAUCAUCUCCAACACCCCACCACCUUAGGAACCUCAAGCUUUCAUUCCUAGACCAAAUUGCACCACCAGUUUAUAUUCCUCUCAUUUUCUUCUACAAACCCGAAUUGGGAAACAAUAUUGUUCGUGCCCAAAAAUCUCAAUCACUGAAACAAUCUUUAUCGGAUACCCUAACUCGUUUUUACCCUUUAGCCGGAAGGAUAAAAGAUGAUAUUUUUAUCGAUUGCAAUGAUGCUGGAGUUGAGUAUGUUGAAGCCCAAGCUCAUGCUCAACUCUCACAUGUUGUCGAAAACCCUAAUGUUGAAGAGCUAAAACAAUACCUCCCAAUUGGACCUUUUGGCACCAGCGCUGCUAUGGGAGAAGAAGCACUACUAGCCAUCCAAAUCAACUCGUUUGAUUGUGGAGGAUUGGCGAUCGGCUUGUGUAUUUCACACACAAUAGCCGAUGUAUCCUCUCUAGUCACAUUCACCAACGCAUGGGCUGCCACAGCUCGUGGGGCUAUCGAAAAUGUAAUAAACCCUAGUUUUGAGUUGGCCUUUCAUUUCCCACCUAGAGACUUAUUAGGGUUUAUGCCAACCACAGGCAUUACAAAAGAAAAGAUAGUGACAAAAAGGUUUGUGUUCGACAAAAUGAAGUUGGCUACACUCAAAGAGUCCGCCUCCUCAACCAUCGGAUCACGGGUGAAGGAUCCCACUCGUGUCGAGGCUGUCUCAGCUCUCAUUUGGAGCCAUUUGAUAAAUGUGGCGAAAAGUAAGUUAUCUCCAAAGAAGAUAUUUGUUGCAACCCACGCGGUGAACUUGAGAAGCAGAAUGAGUCCACCACUCCCGGACCACGCCUUGGGGAACAUAUGCAGAUUCACACAUGCAUUAUCAAUGUCUGAAGGUCACGGGACAGAAUUUGGUGAUCUCUUGAACAAGUUGAGCAGCGCGAUAAGGAAAAUCGAUAGUGAUUAUGUGAAGGACCUGCAAAUUGGAGAUGGGUGCUUGGAUUAUCUCAAGGUAAUGAUAGAAAUUUUCUCUAAGAGAGAGGUGGAGUUCUGUAAUUUUAGCAGUUGGUGGAGAUUUCCUGUAUAUGAAGUGGACUAUGGUUGGGGUAAGCCAGUUUGGGUGGGCACCACAAACUUUCCUUUUAAGAAUGUGACAAUCUUGAUGGGUACUAGUUGUGGGGAGGGAAUAGAAGCAUGGAUUAAUCUGCUUGAAGAUGACAUGAUCUUGCUUGAGCGUGAUCAUAAGCUCCUUUCUCUUGAUGCCGGUAAAAUCAAUGCCUAAAAAUUUGGUGGUGGAACCAUUAGGGUGGUUAUAUUUAGGCAAAUUAAAGUGUACCUUUCUAGCUUCUUGUCUACUAUAUAACACACACACACACACACACACACAUAUAUAUAUAUAUAUAUAUAUAUAUUUCUAUGUUUUAUUAUGUGCAGUUUUACCUAUAUAUAAGCCAUGCAUGUACACUUGUAUUUAUGUAUGCUUUUUUGUAAGUAUUAUUUAUAAAACACUGGGCGUGAAAAGGCUAGAACCCAAUCGCAUUAGAUUAAGUUCGUUAUAGCAAUUGAAUUUCCAUUAUAUCCAUAUCCGGUAAACAUAGGGGAGCCUCUGAGCAUGGGGAUCAAAUUUAGGGUGGAGUCAUGAUUUUAUUUCACAAAAAAAAAAUCAACACAGACAAAAAUAGAUUUUUCUAAUAAAUAAAAAAUAAAAAAAUCACAGCACAAUUACAAUUUUCUCAAGCAGUAUAGGAGUCAUUGUUCGUCCAUUGCUAAACGCAGAGUUGAACGGAAAUUGAUUCCAACUGCAAACAGUGGUUAGUCUGUAAU